CACAGGCACAGCUUUUAUAGUGCUCCCAGGACCCAGAUAAUACCAUAAGAAGCUUGAAUCGGCCGUCCUGUCCGAGAAAAUUAAGAUGGGGAGCUCAACCAAAACUCAUCUUCUGUGCAUGGCUCUCCCCUUCCAAGGCCACAUCAACUCCAUGCUCAACCUGGCCAAAGUUCUCCACUUCAAGGGCUUCUUCAUAACCUUCGUCAAUACCGAGUACGCCCACCAGCAACUUCUCAAACAUGACGGAUCACUCUCCGCCCUCGACGGCCUCCCUGACUUCCGCUUCGCCAGCAUCUCCGAUGGCCUCUCGCACCCCGACGAUGGCGACGAAUACAGAGAAGACGUUAGAAAAAUCAUUCUUGCCAGCCAAAAGAACUGCCCUGCUUCUUUCCUCAGGCUUAUAACCGCGCUGAACGAUCCGAGCUCCGGUGUGCCACCUGUAAGAUGCGUGAUCUCAGAUUCCUUCGUCACCUUCACCCUCAACGCCACCACCAAAUUGGGGAUCCCUAAUGUCUUCUACUGCACAGUGUCCGUGUGUGGCUUCACGGACUUCUACUACUGCAAGGACUUGAUCGAGAGGGGCCUCGUCCCAUUGAAAAGUGAAGACGAUCUUACAAAUGGGCACCUGGACACUAUCAUUGAUUGGAUACCAGGAAUGAUAACAGUUCGCAUGAGAGAAUUGACUAGUUUGUUGCGAACCACCGACCGAGACGAAGUAUUGCUCAACUUUGUCAUUGAUGGAGUGCAUGCAUCUCCCCAAGCCACAGCGAUCAUCUUCAACACUUUUUCUGAAUUAGAAUCACCAUUGCUCAGCGCAUGUUCAUCGAUGCUACCGCCAGUGUUCGAUAUUGGCCCUAUGUGCCUACUUUCUCACUACAUUCCCAAUGACUCAUCAACCUCAUCGCUCGGUGGACUGAACAUGUGGAGAGAGGACUUGCGCUGCAUGGAAUGGUUAGACGAAAAGGAGUCAGGCUCCGUGUUGUACGUCAACUUUGGUAGCUUGACAAACUUGACGAGCAAGCAGGCCGUGGAGUUCGGAUGGGGUUUGGCUAACAGUGGAUGCACGUUUCUUUGGGUCAUUAGACCGGACCUCGUGGUCGGCGACGCGGCGUUGUUGCCACAGGAGUUCUCGGAGAUGACCGAGGGAAGGAGCUUCAUCACGAGCUGGUGCCCACAACGGAGGGUGUUGGCUCAUGCUGCAAUUGGAGGUUUCUUGACACACUGCGGAUGGAAUUCUACAACGGAAAGCAUAUGCUCAGGGGUCCCCAUGAUCUGUUGGCCUUUCUUUGGGGAUCAGCAAAUUAAUUGUAGGUACAUAUGCUCUGUAUGGGGCAUUGGAAUGGAGAUUGAUGAAGAUGUAACUAGGGAGGAGGUGGAGCGGCUGAUCAAGGAGCUGAUGGAAGGGCAGAAGGGGAAGGAAAUAAAGAGGAAGACAGUGGAGUGGAAAGAAAAAGCAGUUGAGGCAGCCAAACCUGGUGGUGGAUCAUGGAGAAAUUUGGAAAAGUUUAUCGAGGAGAUAAUUAUGGCGUGAUAUAUGAUGUUAAAUGGAAAAUAACCUUUCUAGUACUCAAUUUUCUAUAUUGAAUAAAUACGUUACUUUUCAA